ACCAGUUGGGACGAUUGACUAUUGAGAAUCGAACUCCCUCAAGAGAUAUCACAUCUGAAUGUCGAAUGAGGUCGACACGACCUCAAUAUGAAGAUCCAUCAGAAGACAUUGCUGAUACAACAGAUGGCACUUCACCUCGACGGUUUGAGGAGACACUUCAAUUGAUUGACAAAAAUAUUCAAGAACUCAAGGAGAGCUUAGACAGCCCAGACAUUUAUCCAUCAGAAACUUACAACAUACGGACCUGGGGUUUGCGGCAUGAACUAUGUGACGAAAAGUGGCAAAAAUCAAGACCACAUCUUUUAAAAGCCAUGUUAACAAGCGGAAGGACACCUCAACAAGCUUGCCAACAGUGUCAUGUGGAAGAGGCUGUUAUUCGAUGCAGAGACUGCCUCCCCAAAGAACUGUAUUGCAGUAACUGUGAUGUGUCAGUGCAUCACCAGUAUGUUCUACACAACAGGGAGUCAUUUGUGGGAGGAUUUUACAAAGCCAUGUCAACGAAAUGCAUCGUUACAAAAGACAGCACUGGUGAACAUGUAGUUAGUGAGCAAGAUUGUCUCCUACCGAUCGCUUUGCCCAACAAGAUUUGCUGUUGUGGUGCUGAGGAUGUUUCGGUGAAUGCUGGUCCUGCCAUUAUCUUCAUAAAUAUUAAUGGUCGCUAUGAUCUCUCCCUUCCUUUGGUAACCUGUAAGUCUUGCCUAAAAUCGUGGACACCUGAGGUCAAAGACCUUAUAUUAAAUGGGUACUGGCCUGGAACCAUUGAGUUUCAAACAGUUUACACUGUCGACCUGUUCAGUACCUUUGAAGACUUUAAAGUCACGGCACCUGGCCUAUCCACACAGGCCUUUGUGAGAAUGCUGCAAAGCGCUCAAUGCGUUCUGGCAGAGUUGGUACAAUAUCAGUGGACUGUUUUCAGCGCAGUUUUCUGGAAUGGACAUACUGUAGACAUGAGAUGGAAACACUUCUUGGAGAUGACCAUUUUUCCUGUUCAGCUUGCAGUCAGGAUAUGAUGGCAGUGUCUCUUGAUGGGAACAGGAAAAUGUACAGGUUUAAUCGCAACGGGAUAAAUGAAAAUCCAUAUUUUGAUGGAACCUUCUUUGCCAAAAAUGAAGAGGUUGCAGAGUUUUUGCAAACUAUUAGAGACAAAAUCAAAACUUCACCAGGCCGACCCAUUUGUGGAAACUCACACUUUAAAGCUGGUAGUGAGUCUAACAAGAAGUCUCAAUCCAAACUUGAUGAAG